AUGCGUCCGUCUUGGGACGGUAUACGACGAUCGUUCAUCGCACAACGCGAGCGAGUGUCGGACGCGCUCUCAGACGCCCUGGCGACGACGUCGUUGGGCUCCGGGACGAGAGAGAACGAUGUGAAUGGACGGAUUCAGACGAAUCUCGACGGAGACGUCGGGGAGAGCGAGCGUCGGGACGGGAGCGGAACGAGUCGAACGCGACAAUUCUUACGUCGAAUAGCGCGACGGGACGGCGGGAACGGGACGUCGACGAAGGUGUCGGAGGGGUUUCGCGCGCGGUACGAGAGCGAGAGUGAGACGGAGAGCGCGGGGACAUCCGCGGCGGAGCGGAGCGUGUUGGCGACGUGCGCGCGGGCGGAGCUCACGAACGUCGGUUCGGGGAGAGUUUUCGUCGCGAUGCGAGUCAUAGGUGAGCGUGGGGUUGCACGAGGGCGUCGCGUGCGAACGUCGUGUCGAGGGAAGACGAAAACACCGGUGUGGAACGCGACAAGAGAUUUGCGAUGUGACGCGUCGGAUCGAGACGCGUUGUGCGUGGACGUCUACUUGGGACAGAGCGUCAAGGGGAUUGAGAAAGCGUCUCUCAUUGCGCGAGGACAAAUAUCGAUGGCGUUCGCGUUCGCGAACGAGGGUCGGGAGGUUCCGGUACCGCUACACACGAAGCUCGAGCGUGCCGGGGCGGUCGGCACGGUCUGGAUUCGAGUCACUCGAACAGGCGCUUUGCAGGGGUCGCGCAAGCGAAUUUUCUUCGUUCGACACGGUGAGAGUAAGUGGAAUGAAGCUCAGAGAGACAUAAAUUUCGCGAGCAUGAUGAAAUUUGACCAUCCACUCACUUUAGUCGGAGUGCAACAGUCUCAAGCGCUUGGCGAGCGUGCCGCCAUUGCGUGCUCUCACGGUCGUGCCGGAAUUCUCGUGAACGCGAAUGUGUCGAGCAUGUCGCCACCAACGUUGAGUCCACCGUCUUCGCCGCCUCCGUCUUCGCCGUUCAGAUCGACGUCACCGGUUAAGGAGCAUCAAUACAGUGCUCAGGGCGCAGAGCUGUGCGCCUCGUAUGAGGAGUGCUUGACGUGUUACGUCUCACCGCUUACGAGAACCGUCCAGACAUCUUGUCUAUUACUGCAGAGCCACCCAAACACGUUCAUCGGAAAAAUGCGUCAAGUGUGUUUGCAAUCACUCAGGGAAAUUAAAGGCGUUGGAGGUCUGGAUACUGUCGGUAUUGAACAAGGAGACGCUAUCCUCGAACGCGCGCGAAAAAAAUUGGCAGAGCUCGUGAAUGACGGCGGUCACUCCGCGUCGCGUCUCAGUUCCGGAAUUGCAUUUGACUCUAACGAUGCCGUCGGUCAGUGGUGGACGAGUGAAACCGAUUCCGACAACUCGCAAGACGUCGACGAGCGCAUGUUUGACUUUCUGGAGGCGAUACGUUUCGACGAGGAUGAAGCAGUGAUCGUAGUCGGGCAUUCGCUGUUCCUCCAACAGCUCAUCUCCAGAAUCGUCCCGACAGGCGACGUGGAUGAAAGUUUGAACACUGGUUCGGUAGCGGCGAAUUUACUUGAUGGGUUCUCCGACCCUUUCGCUCCGAAAGAUCCCUUUGAGGCGUUCGCGACGAAUUCGAAUUCCGGCGAUAUCCCAUUCGUCCCGGCUCAAGCUCCGCCGGUCGUCGCAACGAUCGAGCCAUCUCGGAGGAGGAUGAAAAUUUUCGAGAGAUUAAUGAGCGAGAAGCUGUGUAACGCCGGAUGCGUCGCUUUGGACGUCAAUUUCGACGAUUCUGGACGAGCCACACUCGAGGACGCGCAACUGAUUUUUGGGAGCAAGUUUGUUUGA